GCUUUGGGUAAUACAAUGGUAUUGCUGAUAAAUUAAAUAAAAAUACACACAAAACUUGACUUUUAUUUCGAUAUUUCCACCCAAAAAUCACCGUGUCCACCAAAAAUUUAUUUUUACCCACCGUGCGGAUUUCUCUGUUACACGUACUUGUGGAAGUUUUAUAAUCUGUGAUUGUGUUUAUAAAGGUUUUAUAUUUUGUUUUUUGGUUAAUAAUAACACUAUUUUGUGAUCAUUAAUAUAAGUAGUAGAGUUUUCAUACAUACAUAAUGGAGCAAAUAGUAAAAAAAGAACUUGAAGAACUAGUAGACGAUUCCAAAGGUGAUAUUUCGAUGAAUUAUGAUAAACCAAGUACCUCUGCUGACAAAGAAAUGCCUUUUACCUUUAGGAUAUCAAUAAAACAAGAAAUCAAAGAAGAAUUAGAUGAAGAAAGUUACAAUCCGGAUGAUAGAGGUGAAACUAAAGAUAUAAUAAGGGUGUAUAUUAAGGAAGAAAGAAGGGAAAGUGACUUUUCUGAGGAAUAUGAUAACAAUAAAGAGGAACAAUAUGUAAAACUGAGAGAAAAGCUGUUUAAAUGUGAAAUUUGUUCUAAGAAAUAUCAAACCGAGGACAGUUUAUGUAACCACAAAAAGCACGUUCAUAAAGAUAUGCAGGAACUAUUUAAUUGUGCCCAGUGCAAAUAUCAAACUUUGAGAAAAAGUGACUUCAAGAAACAUUUAAAAAUACACGAUAAGAAAACCUAUUAUUUAAAAUGCCAAUAUUGUCCAUAUACAGCUGCUGAAGUGAAGAGUUUGAAUUCACACCUUCUUAGCAAACACAAAGAAGAAAAUAAAACAAAAAUAACAAGUAAAAUACAUCAUUGCGCCAAAUGUUUGUAUUCAACUGUAAAUAAAUCAAGUUACAAUGAUCACAUAAAAGUUUGUUUGAAAUUGAAAAAUAUCCAGUGGUAUCAAUGCGAAUUUUGCAGAUAUAAAACUAUUCAUAAAAGUCAUUUAACAACCCACAUAAAAACCCAUAAUAGAGUGAAAGAGUUGAAAUGUUUAUUUUGCAUUUACCAAUGUAACAAAAAACAAAGUUUGGACAGCCAUAUCUUAAUUAAACAUUCUAAUUUAUUGAACGAAACCAAUAAAACACUAAUCACUUCUAAAUUACAUUCAUGUGAACAUUGUAACUAUAAAACCACACUUGCCAACAAUUUAAAACUCCAUUUAAAAUGUAAUCACUAGUUUGUUAAUAAAUUAUUACCAAUUUUGAUUUAUUAUUAUUUAUAUUUAUGUUACACAAUACUUGAACCAUUAUUAUGUUUGCAAACUACGAAAUAUUAUUUGCUGCGUCAACUUUUUAAAUAUAGUGGGUUUUAACUUUUCCGAAUAGAUGGCGCUGCUAACUUAAAUUUAAAAUGUUUUAAAUAGGCAACAAAGAUUACUUUAAAUUGUAUUUUUUGACUUUUUUCGUUAAAACCGGGAAAUUGGGACUUCAGAAAGCAAUAUUUUAUUUUAUUUACACUGAGAUUCAGUGAUUAUUUAUUAUAUUUAUAAUGAAAAGCUGCCAUUGGUCCAAAAUCGUAUGGUUGAUAUUCAAAAUAUCCUCUAGAUUCAGGUGGUGGAUACAAAGUUAUAUCAUGCAUUGGGUCUGCGGAAUCAGCUGGUUGGGUGUACCAUGGCGAGCGUACAUGGUAGGGUUCUAAAAAUAAUAAAAUAUACUUACUAUAUUACUAUGUA